GCUCUAUAUAUAUGUGGACAUUGAACUCUUCCAUAAUUCCCAAACAGAAGUGAUUUUUUUUGUGCAUAGAUUAACGCUAGUGCUCAUGGAGUCUUCUAAUAAUGAAAAUUGUGCAACCAAAUUUGUGAAUGACCUUUUUUUUUGGAAUUAUAAAUUUGUGAAUGACCUUGAAAUAAUAGAAGAAAAGGCAGCAGCAGGAGGAGACGAAGUGGGAGAAGGAGGAGAAAUCGAAGUAGAAGGAGGAGGAGGUGUGGAGAAACAGUAUUGGAAGUAUGUACCACUAUACAAAGCUGCUCUAACAGGAGACUGGAAAAAAGCCAAAAGAAUCAUUAAUGGAGAUGGAGAUGCACUCACAGCCAAGAUCACCCAAGACGGGGAGAUUGCACUCCACGUGGCAGUUGCAACAGAGUUUGGGUGUUUGAUUGGCUUCUCGCCAAUCUUGGGUCAAGUGCAUGAUGCUUAA